CUUGUGUAUAAAAUCUAAAAUUAUCUAUAUAUAUAUAUAUAUAUAUAUAUAUAUAUAAAUUCGGGCAUCAGGAUGCGGAAGGUCCAAGUUUUGGUUCAGACGCGCGACGGCAAGAAGACCGUCUACGAGGUGGAUCGCUUAGGAACGGUGGCCAGCCUGAAGGCACGGAUCGGGCAAGUCAUGUCCGUGCCCAUGGGCUUCAGUCGGCUGUCGUACAAGGGUCGCGUGCUAUCCAAUCAGAGCGUACUGGAGGAUUUGGGGCCCAAUAAGUCCACCCUGGAUCUCACCUGGAAGCCGGUCGUCCUGACGGCCAAUCAGAGCAGCAAGUUAAGCAAGUUCGGCUAUGGCAGGAUAGACGAUAGUGAAGUUAUGUUUACACUGAUCGGUGGCUAUCAGCAACGCGAAGAAUAUCCUGGUGGCCUAGUCAAUCCACCGGACGACGAAAGUCAACUAAACUUCAACGCAGGUGACGAUGAUGAUGCACUGGAGGCCCAGGACAUGACUGGACACGAUUUGUCCUCAAUUCAAACCGAUGAUUUAUCGCUCAAAGGCCAGACGGAACCGGAGCUGGAUUGCUCCAUUGGAUCUCAUGGAUUCUCUGGAUCUCAAGAAGAAGGCCACGAAUAACGACAAUGAGAAGUAGACUGUUGUAAAUUAUCUUAAAUUAAAAAUAUUUAGUCGUCAUUUAAUUUCGAAAUUCCUUUAAGCCAAACGCUUCGAUUUGGAAUCUAAAUUUACGAUACAAUAAUAAACCUUUAGUCGAUUUCGUCCAUGAUGGAAAUUUUACAACAAAUGC